UUGUCCUUUGAUCGAAUCUGCACCGUACGAUUACUCAGUCCCACCAUCCAAUACUAUUUACCCUUUUAUUUAUUUAAGGGCGACUGUGUGCGUGUGGUGUGGCGAACAAAGGGACUUCAGGAGCAGCCGAGGAGGACGAGAGAGAGAGAGAGAGAGAGAGAUAGGGCUGCUCUUGUUCUUCUGUAAAAAUUAUAUAUAUAAAUAUAAUUAUAUAUAUAGAAUAGAGAAUUUUAGAGAGAGAAACUGAAGAAUGUCUGGAGGUAUUGCGCGUGGCCGUCUCGCCGAGGAGCGAAAAGCAUGGCGGAAGAAUCACCCUCAUGGUUUUGUUGCAAAGCCAGAGACUCUUCCCGAUGGUUCAGUGAAUCUGAUGGUGUGGCAGUGCAUAAUCCCUGGUAAGGCCGGGACUGACUGGGAAGGUGGCAACUAUCCACUUGCACUGCACUUUAGUGAAGACUACCCUAGUAAACCACCAAAGUGUAAAUUCCCCCAAGGCUUCUUCCACCCUAAUGUCUACCCAUCUGGAACUGUUUGCCUAUCAAUUCUCAAUGAAGACAGUGGUUGGAGACCAGCCAUUACAGUGAAGCAAAUUCUUGUUGGCAUCCAGGAUUUGUUGGACCAGCCCAAUCCUGCAGACCCUGCUCAGACGGAAGGAUACCACCUCUUUAUCCAGGAUUCUGUGGAGUACAAGAAAAGGGUUCGGCAGCAGGCAAAGCAAUAUCCACCUCUGGUCUAAAUGCUAACCUGGCAUUUUUAGAGAUUGUUGAUGCUUGGUAAUUGUCAGGUUGCCCUUAUGUAUGGUUGGACUGCAUUUUAUUUUUUAUAUAUAUAUAUUUUUCCUGGAUUAUAAUCAACUUCUGUUGAUGUAUGACAACAGAACAACCAGCCAAUGAUGCUAGUAAUUGUGCAUUUUAUUGAUGAACCGGUCUCGAUUUUAUGUCAGAACAUCUUUAUAGUGUGAUUAUAUUGUCUCUGAUUUCUUAAAAA